AUGGCAAAACCCAAGAACCCCAAACCCACCAAGGACCCCAUCACGAUCGCCGAAAUGCCACUCUCCCGCCCCCCGCCCACGUCCACCUCCACCGACGGCGCCCCCCGCCCAAAAACGCUCGUCGAGCUCAUCGACGAGAAGCGGCCGCGGCACCCCGACGGCACGCCCAUCCUGCCCUCGAACGACGACGACGACGUGGUCCUGUUCGGCGCCGGCAUGACAGCCGCGAUGUGGACAGGUCCGCUGGCCAUGCUGCUAUUCACAUUCGACGUGCUGGUGCACCAGCAGUACGUGCAGGAGGUGGAGAUGGCGGAGAUCGUGUGGCGGGUUGUGAAGGCUGUUCCUGCGAUGUUUAUACUCCUCUACGUGUUCCACCCGCGGCGGCACUGGGCGAGCGUGCAGCUGUUCUUCUUCGUCGUGAGCGUGGCGGCCGGCUGCUGGGUCGUGCAUGCGGUCAACAGGUACGGGUACUACAAGGUGAUGAAGCGGGCGCCGGCGGUGGGCACGUUGUGGAUUUGGGCGGCGGUGGAGAUGACGCUGGGCCCCGUGGUGCUGAGUUCGUUGGUGGUGGCGGGGUAUACGUGGUGGAUGGGGUAUGGGUUUUUGUAG